AUGUCGACCAUAGACCCCAACCAACGCUUUCUCACAACGCUCGAGGGCACAGGCCUGAGCUUGUUUGUCGUAUCCAUCGUCGGUGGCAUAAUGUCGCUGAUUGUUGUGAGCUUGAGAACACAUCAACGGCUCAAGUCGGGGAACUUCAAACAGGAUGAUGCCCUGAUGCUUUUUGGUCUGGUCGUCUACAUCGUGGAUGUCGUCUUCGCCUGCCUGGGCGCCAAGAGCGGCCUUGGCACGCGCAAUGCAAACCUCAACCCGACGAUGAUGGUUGAAUCCGUCAAGUACUUGAUGAUCUGGAUGCUUCUGUAUAUCACGGCGUUAUGCGCUGUCAAGGCAUCCAUUUGUUACACUACGCUACGGAUCGCCACCACCAUGCCCAGGCUGCGCAUUGCUGUCUACGCCCUGCUGGGGCUCACGGUUGCCUCGUUCCUGACAGCUUUCAUCGGCGUUCUACUGCUGUGCCGCCCAGUCGAGGCCAACUGGAACCAGAGACUCAUCGCGGAAGGCCGUGGCAAGUGCUCUUCAGUCACCUCUAUGCUAGCGUUGUCGUACACGUCGACCGCAGCCACCAUCGUCACGGACCUCGCGUGUGCCGUUCUCCCAGCCAUCAUUCUCUGGCAAACGCAGAUGAAGCUCUCGACCAAGAUCGUCGUGUCCACCAUUCUUUCCUUCGGCUCCUUUGCUUCCAUCUGCACCAUGAUCCGCACUCCCUAUAUCGACAACUACAACCGCCCAUUGGACGACUUUGCCUACCACAUCGGCAACAUCCCUCUUUGGUCCAAUGUCGAGACCGCCGUUGGCAUUGUUGCCGGAUCGCUUCCCGCCCUGCGCCAACUCGUCACGCGUCACGUCGCGAGCCAAAGUGCAACCAAAGGCACGAGUGGCUCCAGCGGACUCGCCCCGUCGUCCGCCGCGCUCGUCACCAUCGGCGGCUCGGGAGGAACGAACAAGAGCAAGGCCCGCAAGGGCAUGAAGUCGAACUUUGAGGUGGACGACGCAGAACAUGGCGAUUGGACCCGCCUCGACGAGGAUACUGCUUCGGACAAGGAGAGCACCGUGCCCAUUCGUGGCAUCCGCAAGGAGACAUCCUAUGCGGUCGAGAUGUCUCCGUUCGACGAGCACAAGUAA